AUGUUUCCAGGGGCUUUCCAGCUGUAUGAUAUAGACAAUGAUGGCCGUAUAGCUCGUGACGAGAUGCUUCGUAUUGUGAAAGCCAUUUACAAGAUGGUUGGUAGCAUGGUAAAAUUGCCUGAGGACGAGGAUACUCCCGAGAAACGAGUUCAAAAGAUCUUUGACUUGAUGGAUUUGGCAAGUAUUUGGGAUAAAGAUGGUGCUUUAACAAUGGCAGAGUUCAAUGAAGGAUCAAAGAAGGACCCUACAAUCGUACAAGCCCUCAGUUUAUAUGAUGGUCUUGUUUAA